AUGUCCUGCAUUGAUCCGAAGCAUUCUUUUGACUUAGCUCGUGAAGAAUGGCGCAAACGCUUCUUGGAGGUGAAGAAAUCAACACCUCGUUUAGAAGACCACUGCGCCAAACUCAGGCAGGAGUUGGAGAAACUGGUGAAAGACAUGCUGGUUAGCGUCAAGAGCGAUCCUGAUUCUAAGCCUCACAAGCCUUCCAAAAAGACAAGCUACAAAAUUAUGAUCAUGCGCCUCGUACAAGAAGUGGAAGAUUUGAGGAGGCGACUGCAGUCAGUUGCUGUACGAUUGAAUGCAGAAACUAAGCUGAGAGCUCAAGCAGAAUUUGAAGUGAAGAGGCUUCGGCAAGAUUUGUUGCACAAGAAGACUCAAGUGACUCUUACGAGGAAGCAAGCAUCUUUUCCACAAACAUCAGAACAGUUCUUCAUCAGUGCAGUGUGAAAAAAAGUGAAAGGCUUCUACAUUUAAAGCGUUUCUUAUACGAACAAAUGGCAGUUAUUUUUCGUUAAUGACGACAUUGAGCUUCCAUGUGCUGAACAAAUAACAUUUUGUCCAGAUUCGAACAAAUAACUUUUAUCUAGAAUUGAACAAAUGUUUAAAUGAAAGAAUGGAAGAAAAGA